CAGCACCGCAUAAACCAGGCAUGUAAUCCGAGCCCUCGAGGUGAUAGCCUCCAUUUUCAAAGCCAGCCUGGGAUGCAUAAGGCCUGUCCAAAAAAAAAAAGUUCAAGAAGGACCGUUGGCUUGGAAAAUUCAUGCUCGGAACCUCGUUUCCAGUAAGCUUACAACGGAACAACUCAAUCUAUUUCCAUUGUGUUUAAAUCACCAGGAUGACUGGCAUGGUGCUGGGAGUGGGUGCUGGCGUGUUCCUCCUUGCUCUGAUCUGGGUGUUGGUGCUGCUGCUGUGUGUGCUGUUAUCCAGAGCCUCUGGGAUAGCUAGGUUCUCCAUCGUCUUCGUCUUCCUGGGUGCUCUGAUCAUCACUGCAGUUCUAUUGCUUUUCCCUCGAGCCAGUGAAUUCCCAGCCCCAGAGGUGGAAAUGAAGAUUGUGGAUGCCUUUUUCAUUGGCCGCUAUGUCCUGCUGGCUUUCCUCAGUGCUGUCUUUCUUGGAGGCCUCGUCUUGGUUCUUACUCAACAUGUGCUGGAACCAAUCUAUGCCAAACCACUACGGUCCUGCUGAGUGCGUACUGGAAACAUGGGACGCUUUGAUGUCCUGGAUGAGCACAGAGGCACGCUCCGGAGCCGUGAUGACAGCCUUCAUGUCUUCAGACCAGUGGAGUGUCCGUUUGUCACUAAGACACAGCUCUUGAGCCCCAGCUUUCAGAAACUCAGCAGCAAAGCAGACUCCGUGGGCGGAGGUUGUCACUGUCUGAAGAUGGAUACGACUGUGUGUCCAGUACCCAUACUGUAGGAUUCCUGUCUGGUUUGAAUGGAAAGUGGUAACUAUGAUCUGCUUGGGGUAGCUGUUGAGUCAAGCCAUCAGUCGUAGAUCUGGGGAAAAGGAGGUUGAGGCUCUGUUGGCCAACAGAAGAGCCUGGUCCCUGUUGAUAAUGUCUAAGUUAUAAGUUCUUAGUUGAAUAUUUGGAACCAUGUGAAGGAGAAAGGUGUUCAGACACAAAGGCUGCUUUAUCGCAAUAGCGUGGAAGUUGUGUCAGGCAGAGGUUAUUGACCACUCCUUAUGUGAUUCCACAGAGCUCUAUAAAAGCAGUGAGUGGCAUUUGCCUGAGUCCUAAUAAAGCAAUAAACAAUGACCACAGGACUUUCUCUUCAAACUCCUGCCUACAGCUUUUGUAUAUUUACAUUUUGAGUUUGCUUAGAGAUUAAAAGAGAGAGAGAUAUGGGAAUGUUAGGUGUCUCCCUGCUGUGUAUCUUGGGUCUUCUUCCCCCAGGGUUUGGUGGCCCCUCAAUGCCUAAUUUAAGUAUUUAGUAUCAUGUAAGAGUCCUCAAGCCGGGUGCUGGUGGCUCAGGCAGAGGCAGGUGAAUCUCUGUGAGUUCAAAGGCAGCAUGGUCUACAGAGUAAGUUCCAGGACAGACUCCAAAGCUACACAGAGAAACCCUGUCUCAAAAAACAAAAACACAAACAAACAAACAAGAGAGGCCUCUUUGAGCUUUGGCCUUUUCAUUUUUCCUUUGGCAGUACUGGAAUUGAACCUAGGGUUUUACACAUGAUAGGUAAGUAUUCUACCAUCCUAUCCCUCAAUUCACUUUUUAUCUUGAAGAAUAAUUGUACUAGCUUGCCCAGGCUGCCUUGAACUUUCCCUGUACACCAGACAGGCUCUGCACUUGCCGUCCUGCCUUAGUUUGCCAAGUCGCUGGGGUUUUAGGCGUGAACCAUUGGGCCUGGCUCUUUUUAUCUUGUUCAUCAAUUUGUUAGUUGGUUGGUUCUUUGAGGCAGGGUCUCACUAGGGAUCCUGGGCUGGCUUGAAAGCCAUCUUGAGUACUAGAAUUAUAGGUGUGCCCAACAUGCCUACCUGUCUGUUUUCAUCUUGGGAAUUCUUUCUCCAAAGUUAGUAAAGGAUGUGUAUUCUCCGCAUUCUAACUUUACAUUUGUCUAAUUUCCCAGAUUAAUAA